AGAAUUUCUUCUCAUCCUCUUGUUUUCUUUUUACAUUUCUUAUUGCUCUGAACAACCGCUUUAUUUCAUUGUCUCUUCUUCCAUCAAACCCCUCACACCAUCAUUUCUUCCUCAUUUUCUCUCUCAUCUUCCGUCUUCCAGAUCGUUACUCAACCCCUGCCGCCUAAUCACCGAUUCGUAAGCCACUUUUAUAUUCCCUUUUCUCUCUAUAACUUCGCACGAUCAUCACAGGAUUUUCGUUUUUUUUUAUCAUCACGCGGUUUUGAUUUCUUCCUUGUUUUUGGUUUCUUGUUGCUGUUCUGUUGGUGUGUUGUACAUCAUCUGCAUGCACUGGUGAGAUGAUUUAUUAGCUUGAUGACACUCUGCAGUUAUGGAGUGGUAAGCCCACUUUCAUAUAGGAUGAAGAAAGAAUACUGUACCAAAGAAUCUCUGUUUAUUGGAAGAUUGUAUAGGCCUCGUUAAUCUGGAAUGUGUCCUUUAGAUCAUUGUCCUCUAGUAUCCAUCUUCUGAGAUUGGAUGCUUGUUUGGCAUGAAAUGGCCUAGCAAUUAUGUUGAAGAUAUUGGCCAUAGAUUUCUUGACUUCCAAGGUCUAGUGAUGCAGGAUAUUGAUUUGGGUUGUUACAGGAGUUUUAAGGAGGGUCAUGGAUUUCACACAUAUCAUUGUUCUAGUUGGUGCACUGAGGUUCUAGGAUAUGGAGGUUCAAGGUUGGUAAACCUCAAUAAUAUCUGCCCUGUUACACGUAAAUGCUCUAGUCAAUAUCAUCUUGUUCUCUUAGUUUGGGAUCUUCUUUGGAGAUGGUGCCACUUAGUGGGGUUGGGUAUAAUGAGUUUAGCUGCAAAUUGUACAGUUUUGAUAGCACUCACAGUAGUCAAGUAUGCACUACGGUUAUGCAGACUUCAAAUUUGAACCUUUAGUGCAUACCAUUGAUGGUGACUGCUGUAGUACUUCACAUCCACUCCUAACACUGACCGCCCUUUAUAUUGGAUCAGUUUCUGAUUUUGCUAAUAGUCGGUUCUCCAAUAAUUCAACGACCCAUGAUUUGGAUUUGUUUAGUGCUGAAUGAUGCUAUAUUUUGGAUUUGAAGCUUAGUUUGCCGGCAUGGGAGAUGGCUUGAUAAGCAUGAGCUGGUCAUAAUCUUCAUUUAUGAUUCCUAAAGGUUGUGGAAUGAGUGAAACUAGUGUCAAGGGGUUGAUAGUCUAACCAGAUUGGAGGUCCUUCAUCCUCUUGCUUUGCCAAUAUAUGAGGGGGGUGCAAAACAUCUCUCCUGCAUUCAAAGCACACAAUCCUAAUUUAGAAUUAUCCUGCCUUACCGUGGGCAAUGAUUGGUCUUAAGAGGACAAAAACUCGGGUUUUAUUAUGAAGAGCAUUUAUUAGACUUGGAUAUGGGUGACAUGUUUUGAUUGUUGAUUUUCUGGUAAAUGGAAAAUUUUCACAAGGAGAAAGCCAUACUACUUUAUUUGAAGCUUUUCCAUCCUUUUUGUGUAAAGCCACUAUGCCACAGGAUCAUAUAUCUUGAAAAAUGAACAUAAGUUGAACUAAUUGUAUAUCUGACUCAAUACUCUAUUGACUCUUGGGGUUGCAAGUGACAGUUAUGGGGCAUAGACAUGUAUAUAAUGCAUCAUCUCCAAUGUUUGAGGGUGAAGCUGACCAGAAUUGGAAUCACAUGCAUACUGAUCAACAUCAUGUGAACCACGAGGGGACUAGCUCUUCAGAGAAUGGUUCUUUUAUUUAUCCUGCGGAAAAUAUAUCUAUAGAUAAUAUUUAUUUCCCCUCUCAUUGGAACUCCAACACAAGAUCAAAUGGAUAUGCAUCCUCAGGCCCCAGCAUUGAAGUGCCUCCUCCACAUCCUCCUCCUCCUCCUCCACCACCUCUUCCUCAGCAAUUGGACACACCAGGCACUUCUAACGAUCAUUUUAUGCAUACAUCUAAUGCUGGACCUUUCUUUGCAGUAUCUGAAAAUUAUGUACACCCGCCUCCGUCUUCUUCCAAUUAUGACAGACAUGCAUUUCAUGUUGAUAGUGGUUUUAUUGAUCUUACAAUGGGAAGUGGACGGGGGCAUCACAAGAGGAAGAGCCCUGGAAUUCCUUCAGUUUACGAGAGAGGCAGUUCAAGUGGAUAUUUCAAUGCUGGGAGCUCAACCGAUCUUCCUACACCUCCAGAAUCAUGGCCAGAGAAACCAAAUAUGAAUUCUCAAUAUAUGCCCUGGGAUCAUGUUGCUAUGACACCCACAUUCAGAGGUGCUGGCCUCUCAAUGAAGGGUGAGAGCUCUGUACGGAAUGUAAGGAGCCGUUCUGCACUUGAUCUGGAAUCCAACCUGUCUAGGACCCAUUUACCAAUUAACCAUUCACUCAACUCGUACCUUACUGCCUCACCAUUCGGCCAUUGUAGCUUGGCGGAUCUUUCAGCUCAGGUUACUACCCCUUUGACAAGGGAUUGGAGCCAAAUGAAUGUAACUCCUGCUAAUGGAAGAGUGUUAUUACCAGAUGCUAGUACUUCUGGUCUUGAGACAAGUCACUUCCCUGUUGGAAAUGCUGCUACUGCUUCUAGUAAUGCUCCUGCAGAUGUUGGAAGCUUCCAUCAUGAAUUUGGUACAAGCAGAAAUCCUACUACUGCUCAAAGUUUUCAAAAUUUGACUCAACCUGCUAGGGGAACUCGAAGUAAUUACUCUCAGAGAUCCACUCCAGCUUUCAGGGCUUCUUCAAACUUGCGCAUGUCCCAUGCGGUACCUUCAGAUAAUGGACUGCCUAUGGUAGCUGAAGGUUACUCUUCUAGACAUCCAAGGCCGUUGACCACUGUUGGCUGGCGGAACGGUGACAGAAAUGGAAGGUCUAGAAUUUCGAGUGAAAGAUAUAGAUCGUUGGCUGAUGAGGCUGGGCUCCAUGCUAGAUUUUCCUCUGAGGUACCGGGCUUCAUGAUUGUUGAGCGUGCUUCACUGUAUGGCUCUAGGAAUAUACUUGAUCAGCACAGAGACAUGAGAAUGGACGUAGAUAACAUGAGCUAUGAGGAACUUCUUGCACUUGGGGAGAGGAUUGGCCAGGUGAACACAGGAUUGUCUGAGGAUGUGCUUUCCAAGUGUUUGACAGAAACAAUAUAUUGUUCAUCUGACCAAUGCCAGGAUGAAGGAAGCUGUGUGAUCUGUCUGGAAGAGUACAAGAAUAUGGACGAUGUUGGGACACUUAAAACUUGUGGACAUGACUAUCAUGUGAGCUGCAUUAAAAAGUGGUUAUCUAUGAAGAAACUAUGUCCUAUCUGCAAAUCUUCUGUUUUGCCUGAGGAUAAGAAGGAUAAAUAACUAAAACUUUAGUAUUUAUUAAUCAAUCUCCUUUGUAUAUAUAUUUAGAAAUCCUCCAAAGCAGAGGAAACAGACUAUAGCUUUGGAAAUGUCUUGACAAGAAUGCUACUUCAUGUCAAUUUGUUUGGCUUCGAUGUCAAUUUAGUGAAGCCUGGAAAUUAUUAUGUGGAUUUGAAGCAGUUCUGGAUUGCUUCUAUUUUUAAAUAACAAAUAUCAAUAGUUUUUUUUUAA